GCUUUCCAGGAUCUCUCAGCAGCCAACCUCGCUUCUUCCUACCCUCGACAUCAUGCGCGCUUCAGUUCAAACUGCCGCCGCUCUGGCUCUGCUGGUGCUGAUGCUCAGUUCUUCGAUUCUAGCAUCUGAUCCCCCAACCUCCUGCUGCUUCAGCUACACAAAAAAGAAGAUUCCACUCAAGCUUUUGGUCAAUUUCUAUGAAACAAAUGGCAGAUGCUCUCAGCCAGGUGUUGUGUUCAUCACACGGAGAAACCUGCAGCUUUGUGCCGAUCCCUUUGAGAAGUGGGUUCAAGAGCAUGUGAAUUACUUGAAAGCGAACCGAACAGUUCGUGCAACUGUGGCAAACUAGAAGAGAUGAAAACUUAAGGGCAUAACACAACUGCAUACAUACUUGCUUAAUCAAGCAAUUUUCCACGUGCAACUGCACUUAAAUCUCAGGAAAUUAUUUUAAAAUAUUUAAAGUAUUUUAUUUGGGGAAUGAAUGUUCACUCCUAGUAAUUAUUUUAUUUAUGAAAAAAGUUAAGAUAAGAUAAAAGAAUUUUGUAUAUGUUUAUGUAUUUGAGUGUUAGAAUAUACAUGAAACUGAAAAAAUAUUUGUGUUAAUAAAUAUUUUUCUAUUA